UUGGCCACGACACGCCCAAACCACCCACAACGCGUUCGCUCGCUGUCUCUUUGUUUUAAUUCUUGUUGAACAUGUGUUUCGGUCGGUGGUUAAGGGGUGAGAAAGAAAAAGAGAGUAGGGAGAGAAAGAGAGAGAGGGUGGUCAGUUACUUAGUUGGUUAGAGUUGAUGAUACGGAUGUGCCGCCAUGAUGCCAUUCUUUCCACUACUCUUCGUCCUGGCGAGUAUAACUUUGUUUUUUUCGCGACGUCGCUAUAAGACCAUCGAAGCUGCUGAGCCGCCGGUUGUCGUGAAGGGUCAUACCUACUCUGAUAGUGUGGAUGAGACCGAGCUUCAGCCGUUGGAGAGUAAGAAAGUUGAAGAUGUUCGGAGUGCUUGUAUCAUUGGCGCUGGACAUGUGGGUGCAUUGACGGCGGUUGUACUCGCUUCUCAGAAUCCCCACAUCCAGUUCAGUGUCGUUGACAAUGAUGCGGGUCUCAUUGAUGCGUGGAACUCCGUUCGCCCCCCAGUGUUUGAGCCUGGGCUGGAGGAGAUGUUGUUUGAGGAAAUAUCAAGCCUCACUCUGGAUGCGUCGGCUAUCCCUAAUCAGUCUAUAGCUCCAGAUAGUUGUCAGACUCGAAAGAGGAAACUGACCAACUUGACAUUUUCUACAAACAUCCACGCUGGCGUGGCCGCAGCAGAUCUGAUCUUCCUAUGUUCGGAGAUAAGCUCGACUAUAACAAUUGACGAAAAGGAGCGCUUAGAUCUGUCGCAAUUGGAGUCUGCAAUUCGAGCGAUUGCUCAAGUAUCAACUGGCCACAAGAUUAUCGUGCAAAAAAGCACAGCGCCAUGUGGUGUCGUUCAGCGAAUGAAGAAGAUUUUGCGAAAAACCGCAUCUCCAUCCGCUUCAUUCGAUGUGCUAUCCAACCCCGACUUUCUAGUUCCAGGCACAGCCCUUCAUGACCUCCUUUACCCUCCCCGCAUUAUCAUCGGGCACAUAUUCUCGGAAGAUAUGUCCCCUGGAGCAUUAAGUGCACUAAAGAAGCUUUAUAUCCCAUGGGUUUCAGAAGAGCGCAUCAUCACAAUGGACGCAUGGUCUUCAGAACUGGGCAAGAUAGCCGCGAACGCAUUCCUCGCCCAACAAAUCAGCAGUCUUCACUCGCUCAGCGCUAUCUGCGAAUCCACCAACGCCAACAUCAACCACAUAACCCAGACCCUGGGGCUACCGCAACGAGUCGGCUUUGGAUUCGGCAGCUCGCACCUGCAGACCGAGGUUCUCUGCCUAGUCUAUCUGGCCCGAGAGCUAGGACUGCAGCAAGUGGCAGAGUACUGGCGCGCUGUCCUGCGCAUGAACGAUUCUCACAAUCGACGGAUCUCCCAACGCGUCCUGUCGCAGUUAUCCGGCGAUCUCACAGAGCAGAAGAUUGCGAUCCUGGGGUUCACCCCAAAGGAGAACAACAAUCAGUAUUCUGUAGCGCUGGGUCUGGUCCGGGACUUGUCGAGGAAUGGGGUAAAAGUGGGAAUUUAUGACCCAUUUAUACCCGCAGGCCAGUUGGAGAAUACGCUGCGUGCGAGCAAUGCGUCUCUUGAGACGGUCACAGUGGCUGAAUCAGUGGAGGCGGCAUGCGCGGGAUGCAGUGCUGUCAUUCUUCACACGGAUUGGGAGACGUUCGGACAUGAGAAGGUUCGAUGGCAGGGCAUCGCAGGCCAGAUGCAGAGCCCGAAGGUGUUCUUGGAUCCCUAUGGUGUGUUUGAUCAGUUCAAGAUGCAGCAGUGGGGAUUUAAGAUGUUGCAGGUGGGUGUGAGGCAGGUAGAAGCAAAGUAA